CUGUUCACUGGGGGCACGAAUAGUCCAUGAUUUCGUGACAAUUCACUACUGUAAUCUUCAUGGGGGAGUACAUAUAAAUAACCGCAGAUAUAGAAUAGAACACAUCGAACGUCAAACCAAACAUCGCACCAUGAAAGCCAUCUUCGUUCUCGCUGCUGUCAUUGUUGCAGUUUCCUCAGAGACGUGCAGAGAAGACAGCAGCUGUUCUGUGACUAGUUGUAACACAGGGUCAACAUUACAUUGUAUCCACCAUCAGUGCACGUGUACCGUAGCAGCUAGCGGUGAUGGCGGUUGUACAAUGGCCACUGAUUGUAGCGGCCGAUGUGACCAAGGGCGGGAGCACCACUGUAUCGACGGACGAUGCAGAUGUACUCAUCACUUUUAAAUCUAUCAACAGACUAAAUAAAUAUUGAUUACGGAAAAAAA